AAGCAGCGGCGGCCGCGACCGCGACGGCCACUGUGCGCUCACUGAUCACUUCUAAACAGUUCUAGUAGCUAUGUGGAGGCGAGCGGUAUCCAGCUGGCUCGCCAAUGCACCGUCGCAUCCAGCUACAGAAAUUCCUUCACCUCGCGGUUUGCCGAUCAUUGGGACGACGUUGGAUCUGAUAGCGGCGGGCGGUGCGCCGAGAUUGCAUGAGUACGUGGACGCCAGACACCGUCAAUUAGGGCCAAUAUAUCGGGAAUCUAUUGGUCCUGUAAACGGUGUGUUUGUUGCUGACCCGAAUGAAAUGAGACGUGUGUUUACUCUUGAGGGUAAAUAUCCUAAACAUAUAUUGCCUGAUGCCUGGGUACUCUACAACAAGAUGUACGGUUCUAAGCGAGGUCUAUUUUUCAUGAACGGUGAGGAAUGGCUACAUUUCCGACGUAUCAUGAACAGACACUGGCUAAUGCCAGGCAGUGGAUACGAAGUGAUUGGACCGUGCGACUUCGUGGCCACCGAACUCGUUGACCGAUGGACGAGGAAGUACAACGGCCGGGAAGUCAUCGGCUUGGAGAGCGAGUUGUACCGAUGGGCUAUCAAGAUAACAGUAGCAGUGCUGAUGGGAGACAAAUAUUCGAAGAAUCAGCAGCGAAUUGAAGACAUGGUGGAACAUUUCACAUCCUUUAUUCGCCUCAUUUUCCAGGAAAGUGCACGCUUGUCCCUCAUCCCAGCAACAGUCGCAGAGUUCCUUAAAAUUCCAGCAUGGAGGAAUUUUGUUUCAGCUGUUGAUGAAGCCCUUGCCGUAGCAAACAGUCUGAUCUCUGUGCUUAUGCCUGAAUGUCAGAAUGGUGAAGGAUUACUGGGUGCCCUGUUGGCAGAGGAAAUAGAACACAACGAUGUUGUCCGCAUUAUGGUUGAUCUCUGCAUAGCAGCAGGAGACACAAUUGCCAGCAGCAUACAAUGGAUGAUGUAUUUGCUUGCCAGAAAUCCAGACUUGCAAGAUGAAUUGAAUGCAGAGUUGCUGGAAGUGCACAGACCUGAAGACAUUGUACAACUUCCCCUGGUGCGUGGUACGAUGAGGGAAGCUCUCCGUCUUUAUCCUGUUGCUCCAUUCCUCUCACGAUAUAUGCCUGAGGACAGCAUGAUUGGAGGUUAUCGUGUUCCAUCAGGGGACCUCAUCUUACUAUCAAUAUACACAAGUGGCCAUGAUGCUAGGAAUUUCCCAGAGCCAGAUAGGUUCUGGCCCCAGCGUUGGACCCGUGAUGCUGAUGGUAACUACAAGGGUGUCUCUAACCCAUUUGCUUCUUUGCCAUUUGCUAUGGGUGCCAGAUCCUGCAUUGGACGCAGAAUUGCAGAAACACAACUCACACUCACUGUGGCAAAGGUAAUACAAAAAUUCAAGCUGGAGCUGAUAGAAAAGAAACCAGUUGAUAUGAUGUUACGUCUUGUAGCAGUGCCAUCACGCCCUGUUAGACUCUGGCUUACAGAACGAUGAAAGUUUUAAAACAGACUCAGCUGGCUAGAACUGUACGAGUAUAAACCAAAGUUACCACAAUCUGCAUCCAGCUGUUUGAGAAUAGCAGUUUAUUUCAGAGAGAAAAAUUUCAAAGGGAUUCUAAAAAGUGCUCUUGUCUGCUUUUUUAAAUUUUAAAUGUGGUCAGUUUCAUGAACAAUUGGUCACUAUUUGUGAUAUUGAUUUGAUACUCAUAAAAUGCUUUAUACAGUAUAUACAACAGAAGUCAUGGUGAAUGUACAUGUAUUAUAGAUCUUUAAUAGAAAGAAUUAUACAUA